UUUUCGGCGAAAAAUAACACUAAAAAAUAUUUUUUCAUGGGGUGCGCCCGCCCACCCUUAGCUUAGGGUGGGUACACCCCUGUAUAUAUAUUAUACGACGAUGUUAUACGGGUCUUAUAUAAUUAUACGGGCCGUAUACAUUGAAUUUCGUUUAUUUUAUUGUUUUAUUACUAUUUGACAUGACGUAUUAUUACUCGAUUCACGUGCGAGUAGACGUAAGAUUCUCUGAUUCGAUGUUAUAUUCCUCGAUUCUCGUGCGAGUUAUGUGAUUAGACGUUAGAUUCCUCGAUAUUCGUGUGAGUUAUUUGAUUCGGCGUUAGAUUCCUCGAUUCGCGUGUUAAUCAUUUGAAACGAUGUAAUAUUCCGUAAAAUUCUCUAUAUAAACGACAUUAGUUUCAUUCAUUUCAUUCAACUUCUAUUUGUUUCUUCUAUUUUUCUCUGUAUUCAAACUAUUUACGCUAUAAUGUCGGGUUGGCGUGACUUUUUAAAUAUGUUUGAUAACGAGGCGAAUCAGGGGAGUUAUGAUAACAAUCAAGAUAACAAAGCGGGCGUGUUUGAUCUGAAUGCUCUGUUCGAUCCCAGUCUUGCGUCUGAUGCAGGUCAGGAUACUUGGGGUUUGGAUGCCUUUCAGCCUAAUUAUGCUGGUUAUUAUCCAUCGCAACACCCGAUUAAUUUUGAAGCCCCUCCUGUUAGUGUUGGACCGCCGACUGAUAGUUCUCAUUCUCCUCCCAUAAGUGGUGGACCGCCCGAGGGUCCAAAUGCUGACCAGGAACCUAGUGAGUUUCAAAACAAGCAGAAAUUCGCUAGCAUGGAUGAAUUGGUAGAGUGGUGUAGAUACGUCGGAUGCGAAAAUGGCUACGCCCUCGUCACCAAACGCACCAUCUACGAUAAAUCCCCAAGCGGUCAGCCGUUAAAAAUUUGGCUUACGUGUGAUUGUGCUGGCGAGCACAAACCAACAACCACGGUCAGACGCAGCGGGACUAGGAAAACCGGUUGCAAGUUCCAACUGAUCGGGACAUACAGAAAAAGGUUAGGUUAUUGGGAUCCAAGGGUUGAGGAAGCUAAACAUAACCAUGAACCAUUUCUGUAUCCAGAGGGUCAUCCGUCCCUAAUGAGGCUGACUCGAUCGGAAGAGAGGACGGUGGAGCAAAUGACGCAUCAGAACAUAAAACCACGAGACAUUCUUGCUGCCAUUAAAGAACAGAACCCCCCCCAUAAUGUCUCAACAAGAAACACCAUAUACAACGCUCGGGCCAAAUUGGGUCGAAUGGAACAAGUCGGCGAGACUCCAAUGCAGAUACUUUUCGACCGGUUGGAGAGGGUUGGGUUUUUUUUUUUACCAUAGAACAUCUCAAAACGGCGAACGGGUCGAGGAUAUUUUCUUCAUCCACCCGGAGUCGAACAUGUUGUGGCGCGCCUUCCCCAUGUGUUGCUUAUAGACUCCACCUACAAGACGAAUCGGUACAAAAUGCCGCUAGUCCAGAUUAUCGGUGUUACAUCCACGUUGAUGUCGUUUUGCAUUGCUCAUGCGUUCGUAAGCAACGAGAAACAAGAAAACUUCACAUGGGUUCUACAGAGGUUGAAACACUCAUUAGACAGUGUUAUGGAACCCCGUGUAAUAGUAACGGAUAGAGAUCGAGCCCUAAUGAACACAUGUGCAACCGUGUUUGCCAGGGCUAUACAUUCAUUGUAUAGGUGGCACAUACAGCAAAACAUCCUCAAACAUUGCAGGCCAAGCUUUAAAACAGAAGAAAGCUGGGAAAGGUUUCUUUACAAGUGGCGCAAGCUAAUUAACUCAACGACCGAUCUUGACUACAACUACUGGUACGAGCGAAUACGAUCAAAGUUGCCAAGCAAAAAAACUGACGUGAUUAUGGACUAUUUGGAUUCAAUCUGGUUACAACCAUAUAGAGACCAGUUUGUUUCGUUCUGGAGCGACCAACAUCUGAACUUCGGUCAAUGUACAAUGAACAGGGCAGAGGGUCAACAUGCCCUUUUGAAGCAGUACCUAGGUGACUCUAAUUACACCGUGGAUAAAGUGGUACCUAAUGUGCGUGAAGUGUGUUAUAUUUUAGGUGUGAAGGAAGAAGGUUCGAAUUCUAAGAAACCGGAAGGAUCACAAGACCGAGGUAAAUCCUCGACUUAGGCGAUUGGACGGCUUGGAACGUGCACACUUGGUUUACGCCCGCCUCACGCUUCCGUUAUUAAGUCUUUUGAAAUGGGAUAAGUCUUGGUCAUAUGUAUUUAAGUCUAUGUAGUAUGUUGACAUCUUUGUCGUAGGGUAAAACUCGGUAGUCGAAGUCAUGUCAUGUCUAGUGUAGACUUUGUUUGUUUUGGGAUUUUGUCAAGGAUGUUAAACGUUGAAGUUUGAUGUGUAAAACAGGUUGUUAAUGGUGAUAAACG